AUAAAAAGAGAGCAAAGGCUUCACCUAUUUUUAUCAAAUCUCAACAAAACACUCUUCUCUUAUUUUCAGACAAAACAAAAGAGAAAAAAAACUUUUUUUGUGUUUAUGUGUUUUGAGAUCUGAUUGAUAAAAAAAAAGAUGCAAGUUGUUUCUCCUUCAUCUCCGGCGCAACAAUUCGCCGGAAAAGAGAGGUUUUUAGAGGUUUACGGUAAAUUAAACAACGAAUUUGGCUCCAAACUAAAGAUUGGUUCUACAACAGAGCAAGAACAUAGAGAUCAUCAUCAUAAUCUUGAUAAAUCACGGUUGAAUCAGAACAAGACCAAAGCAGAAUCUGAUGAGGAAGAAGAAGGAGAAGAGUUCUCAUUCGCAAGUAUAAACGCAGAGAAUUCACCAAUAACCGCAGAAGAAGCGUUCGAAGACGGUCAGAUCCGACCGGUUUAUCCUCUGUUUAACCGGAAUAUUUUCUUCGACGAUCCAAAGGAAGAAACUUUACGUUCACCUCUCAAGAAACUCUUCGUGGAAGCCACCACCACCGCGGAGGACGAAGAUGAAGAAGAGCCGAUGGGUCCUUAUUGUUCAUGGAAAGGUCGUACGGUGGUAGAAGCAUCACCGGAGACUUGUCGGAAAAGUAACUCGACAGGGUUUUCGAAGCUAUGGAGGUUUAAAGAUCUUGUUUUGAGAAGUAACAGCGAUGGUAGAGACGCGUUUGUGUUUCUAAGCAACGGGAGAGAUGGUGACAAGAACCAACCAACUUCUUCGUCUUCGUCGUCGUCGGUGAAAUCAAAGAGAACGGAGAAAGAGAAAGAGAAGACGAAAACGGAGAAGAAGAAGAAGAACAUGAGAACGAAGUCGGCACAUGAGAAAUUGUAUACGAGAAACAGAGCAAUGAGAGAAGAAGGUAAACGAAGAUCGUAUCUUCCCUACAAACAUGUUGGAUUCUUCACUAAUGUCAAUGGUUUAACCAGAAAUGUUAAUCCUUUCUGAUUAAACCGAUCCGUAUCAAUUUCUCUCUCUACCGACAACUCUUAUUAUGCCUUUGUGUAUAUAAUAUCUAACCUUUUUUUUUUUUGGGUACCUUUUUGUAUUAUAAAACGGACCUUCUUUUUUUUGUUAAGUAAAAAAAAAAGUGAAAUUUACUUAUUAAAUUUCUCAAUGUGUCCAUUUGAUUUGAUAUUGUGGAUAAAGAACGAGAUUCACCGA